AUGAACGAGCAGGUUGUCCGCCUGGUCAAGAAGACCUGGGCAAAGUACUGCUCAACCCCCGAUGACGCCCGCCUUAUGAUCGCGGUGAGCGGCAUCCCAGGCUCCGGCAAGACCGAGCUCGCCAGCAUGAUGUCCAAACGUAUCAACCAAAUUUACGCCUCCGAGAACCAAAACCAGAACCCUCCCUUCACCCCUAUCGCCAUAUCACUCCCCAUGGACGGCUACCACCUCACACGCGCCCAGCUAGCCGCCAUGCCCGACCCAGCCCAUGCCUUCGCCCGGCGCGGCGCAGCCUUCACCUUUGAUGGCCACAAAUUCCUGCGCCUGGUGCAAGCGCUGCGGAUACCGCUCACGCCGGACAUGGGGCCCAUCUACGCGCCCAGCUUCGACCACGCGGUGAAGGACCCCGUCGACGACGACAUCGCCAUUCCGCCAACGGUGCGAGUGAUUUUCUUCGAAGGCAAUUACCUCAGCUUAAAUAAGGAGCCGUGGGAUCAGGUGGCCGGGCUCAUGGAUGAGCUGUGGUUUGUGGAUGUGAAUUUUGAGGUUGCGAGGAAGAGGUUGAUCAGGAGGCAUGUGAAGGCGGGGAUUGCGGCAGAUGUCGAUGAGGCGGAUAAGAGGGCGAGGGAGAAUGAUUUGGUUAAUGGAAAGGAGAUUGUGGAUCUUAGGUUGCCGGUGCAGGAGGUUGUAUCAAGUAUUUAUGAUCCUGCUUGGGAGAGGUUGUAG